AUGACUGUCUCUGACCAUGGUGCAGAAGCACCAGACAACGCUGGCGACGCAAAAACCUCGGCCGCACCCACGACGACUGCCCCUCUUGCUCCUCCUCCCCGUCCGGGACAAAAUACCGCCGUCGACGGUUCGGAUUAUUUUAGCAGUGCACACGGCUCUGGCAACAGCCAUUUCAACCUGGAGCCAAACCCUUUCGAGCAAUCCUUCGGCAACCCUGCCGCGGAGACACCUGGAAAGAGCUUGCUGCCGCCCGUUGCAAGUUUGACAUCGCCUUCAUCUUUGCUGCCGGGAGGCACGCCUGGUUGGCCCAACUCCCUAAGGUCAGGACCGCUGAGUCCUGCAAUGCUAACCGGGCCUACCGGCGGUGGUGACUACUUUGGCGAGCCCUGGAAGGGUGGUUUUCCGACCCCCAACGAGUCCUCUUUGCGUACUGGUUUGACUCCCGGCGGUGGUGGAUCCAUGUUCCCUGCUCCGAGUCCCAAUUCACAGGCUUUGUUCAAUUCUCUCCAAAGCGGCGGCGCAACACCCAACACUAGUGAAUUCUACCGGGCUGCAUUGAAGAUGAAUAAUACCUUCGGGCAAAACGUUAACCCUCCCACCUCUCAGCCGGCUGAGCAAAACAACCAGUCGACCAGCGACAGUAAACAAUACCCACCCCAGGCAUCAGGUAACCAGCAGCAGAACCAGGGUCAACAACAACAGGAUCCGUUCGGUCAACAUGAUGCGAAUGUCGUGACAUCAUUGUUGGGUCUUUCGCGUGCCGACGCCCAGCAGAACACCAACAACCAAUUUGCAAUGCCUGGCCAGCCGUCUCACGUCAACACCAACGUCGCCCAGAUGAACAACCAGUCUCAAGAGACAUCGCCGACGACGAAGCGUGCGGGUAAGAACUCUGUUGUCAGCAUGUCCGGCUCUGCCGACACUGGCGAAUUUUCGGACGACGCCCACAGCGAGGACCAAAAGCCCGCCAGGUCUCGUGGCGGCAAGAAGGGUUCCACCAGCAAAAGCCAAGUCUCUAAUGGCAGGCGGAAAGCCGACGAUGGUGCCGUCAAGGGCCCGGCAAAGAAAGCUAAGACCAAUAGUGGCAACGCUGCCCAAAGCCAAGACGACGAGGAGGACGACUCUGAUGACGAUAACGUCAAGCAGGAGGGUAGCGAUACGCACGCUAACGGCAAGAAGAUGACGGACGAGGAGAAGCGGAAGAAUUUCCUGGAACGCAACAGGGUUGCCGCGCUCAAGUGUCGUCAAAGAAAGAAGCAGUGGCUCGCCAACCUGCAAGCCAAGGUGGAGCUGUUCAGCACGGAGAACGACGCGCUCUCGGCACAGAUUACGCAGCUCCGCGAGGAGAUAGUGAACCUAAAGACGAUGCUUCUCGCGCACAAGGACUGCCCGGUGUCGCAGGCGCAAGGCAUCAGCGGCAUGGCCAUGACCAACUUCAUCGGCGACAUCAACCAUCACGCACAUCCGUAUGGAAUGGGGAUGCCCCCGAACGGGGUGCCGCCCAUGGGCAUGGGGAUGCAGCAGCCACCGCCGCAAGCGAUGCAGAGGAGGUGA